AUGCCAGGGGACCCCCUGCCUGCACAAGCUCUGGGAGCCUGUGUCUCCUUCACUCUGUUCCCAGGAGCCCAGGACUGGGGAGGGAGGGGCCACCCCAAUCUCUCUGCAGCUGGUGAUGAACCAGGGGUGCCCCCUGCUGCCCUUAUGGGGUCUGGGGGGCAGAGCUGCAUCUCCCCUGCAGAGGGAGGUGAGGAAGCCCCCGGCGGGGACCUUCCAGGAGAACACGCUGGGGCAGCCGCUCCUGGACUCCUGCGCACGGCGGCCCUCAGUGCACCUGGCCUCCGGAGCAGCCCGCCUAGCGACCUCGGGGGCGCCUGUGCACGGGACCUGCGCCCGGGGAGACGUGCUCAGGGCACCCUCCACUUAUCUGUGUGGAUCAUUACCACCUCUUGUCUGUACUAUUUUGGUCACAUUCAACAGGAGAUCCCAGGGGUUUUGCUGGUGAUUCUGAAGCACCAGCCAACUCUAGAAUCUGCAGAUGUGGAGGGUCUCCAGGAGCAGCAGGACAUGGACCUCUCACCCGGAAGCGCCUUCAGCACAUCAGCCUUGGCUGCUGCAGAGGCUGUGAAGAGCCCCAGGAGACCGGGCCCGGGCAGGGACCCCAGAGCCUGUGUGCUGUGA